ACUGAUAGACGGCACUGACUGGCAUCACUGCUGGUCACUGACUGGCGGCACUGACUGGCACAACCCCUGGGCACUGACUGGUGGCAAUGACUGGCAGCACUGGUGGGUGGCACUGGUGGGUGGCACUGGUGUGUGACACUGCAGAGUGGCACAGGUGGGUGCACUGCUGGGCACAGGUGGGCGGAGCUUGCGGGUGGCACUGCUGGGCACCGAUCAUCAGGGCACUGAUCAUCAGUGCCCUGAUGAUCGGUGCCGAUCCCCGCUCUGACAACUGCCGGUUCUCGGCAGUACUUUCCUCACGAUCUGACAGCAUGAGGAAAGUGCAGCCGAGAACCGGCACUUGC